UGUUUUGAUCGCCUCCGCUGCAGGCAGUCGUUUAAGAGAUAAUAACUACUCCAAAAUCAUUUCAAACGUGACGCUGAGGAGUGCGCAAGAUAUUCGCUGGCGACUGAGAAAAACUAAUACCAGCAGUGGUGUAAAUAAAUAAUAUUGGAUCUUUUACUUUAAUAAUAGUUUUUAACUAAAAAAAAUUGCUAAUAAAAUUUGUUGAGAAAAGUGCGAGUGAGUAAACAGCAAAAUUUGUGAAGAGAAAACGAGUUUGUGUUUGUUUACCUUGUGUUUUGCAAGCUCUGCUGAUGUGCGCACUGCAGAGAGCGUCUAUAAAAAGGGAUGUGGCUUGCUCCUGAAUUAGAAAAGUUAAAGAGAUUAUUGUUCUGUGUUCUUUUCAUUCUGGUUGCAAGUAAGGUCGCAGUUCGUCCGAGAGCUAUUGAUGAGAAGAAUAACACAUUAAAAUUUCGAAAAACCAGCUGAGCGCGUUUUCCUACCAGCAGCUCACGUAUAGAUGCUAUAAAUCCCAACAGACAUAAUGACGCUUGGAAGAAUAGUCAAGUUUCAAGCAUUGCUUGCCAGAUCGUUAAGCAGAACUUAUUCAGCUGUCGGAAUACCAGAGUUAACGCAGUUCCGCCAUAAUGUGAAACGAAGCGACUAUGCUAAUAUAGAAGACGCGGACAUUACCGUCUUCGAGUCCAUUAUAGGCAAACGUUACACACUACAGGAAGACUUACAAGCAUACAACAUGGACUUUUGGCACAGUGUGCGCGGCAAUAGCAAACUGAUGUUGAAACCCGGCUCGGCCGAGGAGAUAUCCGCCAUUUUAAAGCAUUGCAAUGAGCGCAAAUUGGCCAUAUGUCCACAAGGUGGCAACACCGGUGUGGUGGGCGGUUCAGUGCCGGUAUUCGAUGAAAUCAUAUUGUCACUUGGAAGAUUAAAUAAAAUUCAAAAUAUCGAUGAAAUUACUGGCAUAGCGGCGUGUGAGGCUGGUUGUAUACUGGAAAACUUGGACAAUAAGGCGCGUGAAUUGGAUUUGGUGGUGCCGCUAGAUUUGGGCGCCAAGUCUAGUUGUCACAUUGGUGGUAAUGUCUCAACGAAUGCUGGUGGUUUGCGUGUGGUGCGCUAUGGUAAUCUGCAUGGCAGUGUAUUGGGUUUGGAAGUGGUCUUAGCAAACGGUCAAGUGUUGGAUUUAAUGUCGGACUUCAAAAAGGACAAUACCGGUUAUCAUCUGAAACAUCUCUUCAUUGGCGCCGAAGGCACGCUGGGUGUGGUGACUAAAGUUACGCUUUUAUGUGCUCCUGCGCCACAAGCACAGAAUUUGGCCUUUUUAGGUUUACCAAAUUUCGAUGCGGUGCUCAAAACAUUUAGAAGCGCGAAACGUAAUUUGGGUGAGAUUUUAUCAGCUUGCGAAUUGAUUGACGCCCCAACACUCCAAGCCAGUCUGGAUCAUUUCAAACUAAAUACACCUAUUGAGGGUUUUCCAUUUUAUAUGCUACUCGAAACAUCUGGCAGCAAUGGCGCACACGAUUUGGAGAAAAUAAAUCAUUUUCUGGAGUUGGGCAUGGAAAAGGGUGAAAUCAUUGAUGGCACCGUAGCGAGUGAGGCGCGUAAGAUGCAAGAAAUUUGGAAAUUACGUGAAUUGGCGCCAAUGGCUUUGGGAAAAGAUGGUUAUUGCUUUUACUAUGAUCUUUCCUUGCCGCUGCGUGAUUUCUAUAGUAUUGUAGAAGUAUUACAGGAGCGUGUAGGAGCACGUGCAACUAGAGUUACGGGUUUUGGGCAUUUGGGCGACUCUAAUCUACAUUUGAAUGUCUCCUGCCCGGCAUAUACCGACGAGCUCUAUCAUAUAAUCGAACCUUUCAUAUAUGAGUAUACCCACAAGCUGAAGGGCAGCGUAAGCGCUGAACAUGGCAUAGGCUUUCUUAAGAAGAACUACCUGAAAUACAGCAAAUCAACGGACGCGAUUGCGAUGAUGCGUGACGUGAAGCAUUUGUUGGACCCUAAGGGUAUCUUAAACCCUUAUAAAGUGUUAAAUUAAGUGGAAAAAUCUGUGCAUUGCAUAGUACAUACAUACAUAUACACAUAUGUACGUAUGUACAUUUAACAAUUAUGAGGCGUCAGAAAUAAGAAAUAAAACAAAAUAAAAA